CAUCGUUUUCCUCUUCUUCGUCUUCAUCAUCUCGAGAUUAAGAAAAAAAAACUGAAGAGAAACAAAAAUGUUGAGCAAGAAAAUGGCUUCGUUCAAGAACUUGGCCAAGAGGGUCAAGAACAUCAACACGACGACGAGGGACGGCGAAACCGAGUCGCACAACGAAUCACUGCUCGGGAAACUCGAGGCUGAUGACACGUGCCAGAGAUCCUACGGCUCAAAAUCACCAACGGGGACUUUCGCGGUGUACGUAGGCGAAGAACGAGAAAGAUUCGUGGUUCCGACAAGCUAUCUAACACACCCUUUGUUCAAGAUUCUGCUCGACAAGUCACACGACGAGUUAUGCUGUUUCGACCAGAAGGUUCGUUUGGUCGUACCGUGCAAUGCUUCGAUCUUCCAAGAAGUUGUGAAUGCUGUCGAAUGUUGCAAUGGUAAAUUCGAUUUUGGGCACUUUGUUGAGGAGUUUAUAUGAUUGGAAAAGGUGACCAUUUCGAAUAUUAGAUUCCAAUCAUGGUCCGAUUUUCGAAUCAAAUGGUUAGGAUUUGCGUUAGAUUGUAAUUUUGUAAUGAGCACCCCCCCUUUGUUGCGUGGUGUAUUAUCAUAUAUUUACUAAUGAACAUUAUGGGCAAAAUCAU